CAACAAAUUGUCACACCACCGCGGAAGAUGUUCAAAAUCAUUGGCAACCACUCGCAAGCCCACGAUGAUGGGAUCUGGACCAUCGCAUGGUCCAAGGACGGGUCAAACACCAUCCUCUCAGGCUCCGUGGAUGACACCGUCAAAGUUUGGAGAUGGGAUCACACGCAGUUGGAGUUGAGGCACCGCUUCGAAGGACACAACCUGGGCGUGCUGUCCGUGGAUAUUGACGGCAAGGGCGAGACGGCGGUGUCCAGCUCCAUCGACAGCGUCAUCAACGUCUGGGAUCUCAACGGCGGCAAGCUUCUCAAGUCAAUCGACACCGCGUCAGUCAACACAUGGACGACAUCUCUGUCCCCGGAUGGGCGGUACAUCGCCUCGGGCAGCAACACAAACGAGGUGCACCUGUUCUCGGUUGAGUCUGGGAAGAGCGAAGGCACGGUGGACACGGGCGGCAAGUUUACAUCCGCCGUCAAAUGGAGCCCCGACAAUCAGCACUUGGCGUGCGCGGGCAUGGAUGGCACCGUCAGCCUCUUCAACACAGAGGGAAAACUGCAGUACAAAUUCGGUAGCGACGACAAGAGCCGCCUCCACGACCACAGCAAGCCCGUGCGCGGGCUGUCGUUCUCGCCCGAUGGAUCGCUGCUGUACACGGCGUGCGAUGACGGCUACAUCAAGAUGUUUGACGUGCGCUCGGGCAAGAUUGCCGGCUCACUCAGCGGACACAGCUCAUGGGUGCUCUGUGUCGACGCAUCCAUUGACGGCGAGCACAUUGUCACGGGCUCGAGCGACAAGACGGUGAAGGUGUGGAACAUCAAGGAGCGGCAGUGCGAGCACACGUUCGACGACCACACCGAUCAGGUGUGGGCAGUGUCGUUUGACCACACGGGCAAGUGCAUUGCGUCUGGCUCCGACGACCAAGCCAUCAUCAUCUACGAAUGCCCCUGGGUAUGAGCGGACGCACUGGCAACCGCGGCGGCAAUGGGAGGGAGAACGAAUUGGGACACACCAAACACGUUAACAUCAGUGGAAGGCAACGAAAGGACUUGCUGAUGACACAGCAACGGUACGGUGUGUUUGUGCGGGUGUGCGUAUGUGUGUUUUGGAGGAGUCAGGAGAGGUGCAGUGUGGACAGCAGAGAAGGAACAACACAGAGGGAGACGGAACAACCGGCCGCCCUCGUUCCGUUUUCGUGACAAUCAAAAAACAUCAUCAGAAAUAAACAGAUGCAACCACA